GGUGGGUGCCGCGUGCGCCCGAGGACCGGGUCCGACAGCUUGGGCCGGCUCAGGAUGAGGACGCGCUGGGCGACCCCUUGCCGCGCGGCAGGGCUCCUCCUGCUGCUCCUCCGGUGCUUCGGGCUUGCCGAGCCCUCUGGCCGCUCAGGUAAUGAUGCAUUCACUAUCGUCAAUGGAAACACAGGCAAGUGCCUCAAGCCACUGUCCGGCUGGAUAGUAGCAACGGAUUGUGAUGAAACUGAGGACAUGUUAUGGAAGUGGGUAUCCCAGCAUCGACUCUUUCAUUUGCAAUCCCAGAAGUGCCUUGGCCUAGAUAUUACCAAACCCAUGGAUGUCUUGAGAUUGUUCAGCUGUGACUCCAAUGUCAUGCUGUGGUGGAAAUGUGAUCGCCAUUCAGUGUGUGGUGCUGCCCAGUACAGGCUGGCUCUGAAGGGCGGACAUGCCAUAGCAACUACAAACGCAUCUGAUGUCUGGAAGAAAGGAGGCUCAGAGGAAAGCCUUUGUGACCAGCCCUACCAUGAGAUAUAUACCAGAGAUGGGAACUCCUAUGGGAGACCUUGUGAGUUUCCAUUCUUAGUUGAUGGAACCUGGCAUCAUGAGUGCAUUCUUGAUGACAAUCAUAAUGGGCCAUGGUGUGCCACCACCUUAAAUUAUGAAUAUGAUCAAAAGUGGGGCAUCUGCUUAAAACCAGAAAAUGGCUGUAAAGAUAAUUGGGAAAAGAAUGAGCAGAUUGGAAGUUGCUACCAAUUUAACACUCAGGCAGCUCUUUCUUGGAAAGAAGCUUAUGUUUCAUGUCAGAAUCAAGGAGCUGACUUACUGAGCAUCAACAAUACUGCUGAAUUAACUUAUCUUAAAGGUAGGCAUAACUUGUGUGUGGUAGAGCAAAUUGCUGAAAUUGUAAUGGUGCUUUCUUCUUCAUUUUCUUUUUCCUGUGAAGCUCAACUGCCCUAUGUCUGCAGGAAACCAUUAAAUGACACAGUGGAGUCAACAGAUGUUUGGACAUAUUCAGACACCCGCUGUGAUGCAGGCUGGCUGCCAAAUAAUGGAUUUUGCUAUCUGCUGGUAAAUAACAGUGAUUCCUGGGAUGAGGCACAUAUGAAAUGCAAAGCCUUCAGUAGUGACCUACUCAGCAUUCAUUCUCUAGCAGAUGUGGAGGUGGUUGUCACAAAACUGCAUAAUGGGGGUAAGUUUUUAAAAAUACACUAUAUGAGAGGUUUAAGACAUUUGAAAUAUCCCUAUUUUCAGACUUUUAGUGGGAAUGAAAAGCUCACAGUUUUUUGUGAGUUCAAUUCUAAAUAUAUGACAAAUAAUUUCUUUUGUGAGCAAAUACUUUUGUCUCUUUUUUAAAAGCUAGGUCAGUGGAAAGUCCAAUCAUGUGAAGAGAAACUUAAAUAUGUAUGUAAGAAAAAGGGAGAAAAAAUGAAUAAUACAAGAUCUGAUAAGAUGUGUCCUCCAGAUGAGGUAUGUCAAAUCCCUGUGUAAAAUUUCCUAAGCAGUAUUAUGCCUUCUUGAUUUGAGCAAGAAUACCUAAAUGAUAUGAUGAAAAAGUAUGCUAAAUCUCUAACAAAAUACUUCUGGACUGGCCUGAGAGAUGUAGACUCACGUGGAGAGUAUAGUUGGUCAACUGUUGGUGGAAUAAAGCAGGCUGUAACCUUUUCCAACUGGAAAUUUCUUGAGCCAGCUUCUCCAGGUGGAUGCGUGGCUAUGUCUACCGGAAAAUCUCUUGGAAAGUGGGAGGUGAAGGACUGCAGAAGCUUCAGAGCACUUUCAAUUUGCAAGAAAAUAAGUGGACCACUUAAGCCUGAGGAAGCAGCCCCUAAGCCUAAUGACCCCUGUCCUGAAGGCUGGCAUAGUUUCCCCUCAGGUCUUUCUUGUUAUAAGGUAUUCCAUGUAGAAAGAAUUGUGAGAAAGAGGAACUGGGAAGAAGCUGAAAGAUUCUGCCAUGCGCUUGGAGCACACCUUUCUAGCUUCAGUCAUGUGGAUGAAAUAAAGGAAUUUCUUCACCUUUUAAUGGACCAGUUCAGUGCUGGAGUAGAAGAAAUUUAUAAAGACGGAGAGAAUUUCAGUUCGACUGGAUUUCCCAGUUAUGAUCAGGUGUCUACUAUUAUCAUGGCAGUUGAGUUCCAGCAGGAUUAUGACAUCAGAGACUGUGCUGCUGUCAAGGUCAUUCGUAGGCCCUGGCACAGAGGCUGGCAUUUCUACGAUGACAGAGAAAUUAUUUAUUUCAGGCCUUUUGCUUGUGAUACAAAACUUGAAUGGGUGUGCCAGAUUCCAAAAGGCCGUACUCCAAAAACACCAGACUGGUACAAUCCAGAGCGUGCUGGAAUUCAUGGACCUCCCGUUGUAAUUGAAGGAAGUGAAUAUUGGUUUGUUGCUGAUCCACACUUAAACUACCAAGAAGCCGUCCUGUACUGUGCUAGCAAUCACAGCUUUCUUGCUACUAUAACAUCUUUUGCAGGACUAAAAGCCAUCAGAAACAAAAUAGCAAAUCUAUCUGUUGAUGAACAGAAGUGGUGGGUGAGAGCUCAUGGGCCGCCAAUAGAUCAUCAUUUUAUAUACUCACGACAUCUAUGGCGCCACUUUCACUUGACAUUUGGAGAGGAAUGCUUGUACACGUCUGCCAAGACUUGGCUUAUGGACUUAGGUAAACCAGCAGACUGUAGUACCAAGUUGCCCUUCAUCUGUGAAAAAUAUAAUGUGUCAUCAUUAGAGAAAUAUAGCCCAGAUUCUGCAGCUAAAGUACAAUGUUCUGGAAAUUGGAUUCCUUUUCAGAAUAAGUGUUUUCUAAAGAUCAAAUCCAUGUCUCUUACCUUUUCUCAAGCGAGCGAGAUCUGUCACUCCUAUGGUGGCACCCUUCCUUCAGUGCUGAGCCAGAGUGAACAAGAUUUUAUUACAUCCUUGCUUCCGGGUAUGGAAGCUACUUUAUGGAUUGGUUUGCGCUGGACUGCGUAUGAAAGGAUAAGCAAAUGGACGGAUGACAGAGAGCUGACGUACAGUAACUUUCACCCAUUAUUGGUUGGUCGGAGGCUGAGAAUACCGACAAAUAUGUUUGAGGAAGAGUCCCACUACCACUGUGCCCUGAUACUCAACCUCCAAAAGUCACCUUUUACUGGGACAUGGAAUUUUACUGCCUGCAGUGAACGCCACUCUGUAUCUCUCUGUCAGAAAUAUUCAGAAAUUAAAAGCAGAGAGACCUUACAGAAUACUUCAGAAACUAUAAAGUACCUAAAUAACCUGUACAAAAUAAUCCCAAAGACUCUGACUUGGCACGCUGCUCAAAAGGAGUGUCUGAAAAACAACAUGCAGCUGGUGAGCAUCACGGACCCUUACCACCAGGCGUUCCUCACCGUGCAGGCCGUCCUCCACAACUCUUCCUUGUGGAUUGGACUCUCCAGUCAGGAUGAUGAACUCAACUUUGGUUGGUCAGAUGGGAAACGUCUACAUUUUAGUCGCUGGGCUGAAGAUAAUGAGCAACUUGAAGACUGUGUAAUGUUAGACACUGAUGGAUUCUGGAAAACAGCGGAUUGCAAUGAUAAUCAGCCAGGCGCUAUAUGCUACUAUCCAGGAAAUGAGACUGAAAAAGAGGUAAAACCAGUUUACAGUGUUAAAUGUCCAUCUACCAUUCUAAAUACUCCAUGGAUACCAUUUCAGAACUGUUGCUACAAUUUCAUGGUAACAAAGAAUACACAUAUGGCAACGACACAGGAUGAAGUUCAUUCUAAAUGCCAGAAACUAAAUCCAAAAUCACAUAUUCUGAGUAUUCGAAAUGAAAAUGAGAAUAACUUUGUUCUUGAGCAACUUCUAUACUUCAAUCAUAUGGCUUCAUGGGUCAUGUUAGGAAUAACUUAUGAAAAUAAUUCUUUCGUGUGGUUUGAUAAGACUAUGCUGUCCUAUACACACUGGAGAGAAGGAAGACCAACUAUAAAGAAUGGCAAGUUUUGGGUCGGUUUGAGUACUGAUGGCUUCUGGGAUAUUCAAACCUUUAAUGUUAAUGAAGAAACAUUUUAUUUUCACCAGCACAUCAUUCUUGCUUGUAAAAUUGAAAUGGUUGACUACAAAGAAGAAUAUAAUGCUACACUGCCACAGUUUAUUCCAUAUGAAGAUGAUGUUUAUAAUGUUAUUCAAAAAAAGGUAACAUGGUAUGAAGCAUUAAACACGUGUUCUCAAAGUGGAGGUUAUUUGGCAAGUGUUCAUAACCAAAAUGGCCAGCUCUUUCUGGAGGAUAUUGUAAAACGCGAUGGAUUUCCACUAUGGGUUGGGCUCUCAAGUCAUGACGGAAGUGAAUCAAGUUUUGAAUGGUCUGAUGGCAGUACAUUUGACUACAUUCCAUGGAAAGGCCAAAAAUCUCCUGGAAACUGUGUUAUAUUGGAUCCAAAAGGAAUUUGGAAACAUGAAAAAUGCAGUUCUGCUAAGGAUGGUGCUAUUUGUUACAAACCUUCAAAAUCUAAAGAGCUGUCCCCAUAUAAAUACUCAUCAAGAUGCCCAGCAGCAAAAGGCAAUGGGUCAAGGUGGAUCCAGUAUGGGGAUCACUGCUACAUGUCUGACCAGGCAUUGUACAGUUUCUCAGAGGCCAAAGAAUUGUGUCCGAAACUUGAUCAUUCUGCAAAUAUCAUAUCCAUAAAAGAUGAAGCUGAGAAUAAAUUUGUGAGCAGACUGAUGAGGGAAAAUAAUAAUAUUACCAUGAGAGUUUGGCUUGGAUUAUCUCAACAUUCUGUCUACCAGUCCUGGAGUUGGUUAGAUGGAUCAGAAGUGAAAUUUGUCAACUGGGAAAAUAAGAGUAAGAGUGGUAAUGGAAAAUGUAGCAUUUUGUUAGCUUCAGAUGAAACUUGGAAAAAAGUUGAAUGUGCACAUGGCUUCGGAAGAGUUGUCUGCAAAGUUCCUCUGGACUGUCCUUCAUCCACCUGGGUUCAGUUCCAGGGCAGUUGUUACAUUUUUCUUCAAGAAGCUAUCAAAGUAGAAGGCAUAGAGGAUGUCAGAAAUCAGUGUACUGACCGUGGAGCAGACAUGGUAAGCAUACAUAAUGAAGAAGAAAAUGCUUUUAUACUGGAUACUUUGAAAAAGCAAUGGAAAGGCCCGGAUGAUAUCCUACUCGGCAUGUUUUAUGACACAGACGAUGCAAGUUUCAAGUGGUUUGAUAAUUCAAAUAUGACAUUUAAUAAGUGGACAGACCAAGAAGAUGGUGAGGAUCUAAUUGACACCUGUGCUUUUCUGCACACCAAGACAGGUGAAUGGACAAAAGGAAAUUGUGAAGUUUCUUCUGUGGAAGGAACACUAUGUAAAGCAGCUAGUAAAUACAUGUAUCAUGAAUAUUUUCUCUGGGGCUAUGAUAGAACUAUGAUGGAGGAGAAAGAAAGGAGUAUAAGAGAGUUUCAGAAGAAAGGCGAAAACAUGGAUUAUAUGGGCCUGAGAAAUGACAGGGAAGUGAAAACUUGUUUCAGUGUUUGCUAUAACCACAUUUUAAUAUCAGCUUUGGUGGUUGCUAGCACAGUAAUUUUGACAGUUUUGGGAGCAAUCAUUUGGUUCCUCUACAAAAGAAAUUCUGAUUCUGGUUUCACUACAGUUUUUUCAGCUGCACCCCAAUCACCUUAUAAUGAUGACUGUGUUUUGGUAGUUGCUGAAGAAAAUGAAUAUGCUGUUCAACUUGACUAAAUUUUUGGUAAUCUCAGACGAAGACUUCAAAUGCCUUGACAGAGAUCCCAGGGUAAUAUCUGAAUAUAAAACUUGACACUGAAAUUAUAGCUUUUAUGGUAUUGCUAAUUUCAGUGCUCACUGAUUGACAAAAAUUAAUCCUAAAGUUCAUUACACAAAAACAGGUUUUAGACAAGGAAUGAUUAUUAUGUGUAAUUUAGUGGUUUUAACCACCUCAGCGAAUUCAGAGCCUCUCUCGUGAAUGAAGGAAAGCUUAAAGCCCAAGAAGUUUAAAGCAGAUAAAAAUAAAAACCCAGCCUACUUGUCUCACCUGCUCUUUCCCUUCCAUUUAAUUGAACCACUUUAGAUGAUGCCUUUAUUAGCAAACAUGGUAUGGGGAAUAAGCCUGAUUUUUAAAAUAGAUCAUAUACGUUUAAAUAUCCUUAGUACUGGUUACCUUGGCAGAUAAUUCCUCUAGAAUUUGUGUCUUUCUUUAUGAUUUAGAAGAAAAUUUUACACCCCAUAUGCCACAUAAUUUUACAGUUUCAUUACUUUCAGACACAUUUUGGACCACAAACACUGAUCGCAAAUGAUAGAAGUUUUAAUAAAAGUUUCUAAAUUUUUUGAAAUAAAAAAUUAUAGCCGUGUCCAGGAAAGCAUGGAUAAAGCUGGCAACGAGGUUAGCACUUAUGUUAACAGUGCCCCUUUAGGGAUUUUUCUCCUGACACCAUACCUUUUCCUGUAAGAUAUCUCACACUCGCCCAAGAUUUAUAAAUUUUUUUCCUUCAAUAAAUAACAUGAAUACUGUAAGCAAAGAGUGAAGAAAAAUGCUCAGUACAAUUGCAGUGAUGACAAUUCAUAGGUUUCAUUACGCUGACUGUACAUUUUAAGACAAAGGUGAAAAUCAUUUUGGGAGUAAAAAAAUGAAAAAAGCUAAAACAAGUGAUCUUCUUCAGCAUCUAUAGCUCAAAAACAAUAUUGGGAAAGAUAAGAAUGUACAGACUUCAUAUAAAAAUACAGUGAUGCAUCACUUAAUGAUGGAGAUACAUUCUGAGAAAUGCUCCCCUU